CUCCGCCUCCUCCGCUGCAGCUUGACUCCGUCACAACCGGCAUGUCUGCAAAGUGAGAGGCUCGAUCCAUCCUUUUUUUAGAGGCAUCAACUUGUAUUUUGUGUGCAUCGGCUUACAAACGAAGCAGGAGGCUGGCGUUAGCCCUGCAGAGGGGUUUUUUUUCCUCCUAAAUUUGGCUGAGAAAAGACUGGGACGAAGAUCCAAAUCAAGGUCCAUCCGUACCCGAUAACGUGACCGCUGAAGGAAGAGAACACAGAACUGCUUCAUCAUGAAUUUUGUAAUGAAAGCUGCACUGGGAGGAGGGCCUCCUGAUGUGGGCAAAAUGCUGGGUGGGGAGGAGAAGGAGGAGGACCCAGAUGCAGCAAAGAAAGAGGAGGAGAGGCAGGAAGCGCUGAGGCAGCAGGAGGAGGAAAGGAAGGCCAAAUAUGCCAAGAUGGAGGCUGAGAGGGAAUCGAUGAGACAAGGCAUCAGGGAUAAGUAUGGCUUGAAAAAGCGCGAGGAGGCCGAGGCAGAAGCAGCAGCCGCGGCAGAGGAGCCCGCGGCGGGCAGCUUGACCCGACCUAAGAAGGCGGUGCCAACCGGAUGUGGUGACGAAGAGGAGGAGGAGAGCAUCAUGGACACAGUGAUGAAAUACCUGCCAGGUCCGCUGCAGGACAUGCUAAAAAAGUAGUCUAGCAGCUAGCAUGCUAGCUAUUGUAGUUCACAGGUUGGCUUCAAUCCCAAACUGGCGCCAGAUUAGCAUUGUAAAUGAGUCCAAAUUGGUUUAUCUCACGUUUUAAGAAGCAACGGUGUGAAUUGCAGCAGUCAGGCUAGGCCACACGGCGCCAUUGGUCGGGUGUGACGCGCAGAGGGCCACAGACGCAAACAUUUAUGGUCUUUACUUUUUCUGUGACUACUUUUAAACUCCCUUAAAGAGCUUGAAGCAACAACGUAACGUCCUCCUUCACUUUGCUGUUCACUUUAAAUGUACAUAAAGAAUCUAGAACGAGCCUCAAGCCAGGCCAAACAACAAUCAAAUCCAAAAUAUACUGUAUACAUUUAUUAUACUGUGUGUCUGUCUCCCAAAAUAGAAAAUGUGAUGACUUGAUAAGCCAUAUUUAAAAAAAAAAACAAAAGAUUUCAAUACGUCUGUGUGCUCCUAAAGCUGCUGUUGUGUCUCUCACCUUUUUUGCACAGUGUUAACACAUUCUCUGUGAAACGUGUGUCGUCUUUCUCCCCCCCGCCUUCAAAGUGUUUGUGUAGAAAAUGUUCAAUGUGUCGGAACUUCUUAAGUCUUUGCAUGCCAUUUGUCUUGACAAGUUGUGUGACUAUGUAAAACCUCCCCCUCUCCUUUUUAAUCCUCUUCUUUGUUAUGCAAAAAUAUUAAGGCAAUAACUCCUCAGUUUGUGUGUUUUCUCAUAUCGAUAUAACCUUGAAUAAUGAUACUCAUAAGAAUAAAGCAUUUAGGAUGUUUCAUUUGCAAGGGGUUCUUUAUUGUUGCAGUUGUUAUUUAAGAAAAAAAAAAACAAAGACUGUGUUGUGCAGGUUUUGACAACAGCCAAGAGCUUUAAAAAGUCCAAUUUAUAACACAAUAGCAUAUUAUUGUUGCCAUCAUUCACCAGGAAGAGAAUCGCUAAAGACUUUUUCAGAAGCAGUAUUGACAAUUGUGAUUUUGUUUCAUGUCAAAUCGAUGGCUAGAAAUGACCACCGCAUACACUGAAGUGACAUCAUUCAAAUAAAAGUGUUUAACUGAGGUUUUAUUUAUUGUUGAAUGGGUGUGAGAACGAGCCCUCGAGGAAACAUAGACCUUCAUGAGCAAUAAGGGAUUAUUAUGUAUGUUUCUGCCUGAUAAAUCAAUAAAAAUUUAAUAUCUUGUUCAUACCAGAAAUGUUCUUUUUUUUUGUAUUAUAUUUUUUCUCUGUGCUGUUGGCGGAUGUGAAAGUAACAUAAAAUCUGAAGCAAAAUGUUAUGUAAACAGUUCCUUCGGUCUAAAAAAUAUAGGGAAAAAAAUGUUUUUAUUUCCAAAUAAUGGCAUUAAUAUUAUUUUUAAUAUAUAACCUAUAAGAAAGAUAAGAGAUAACACUUCCAUGUACAUCUACAGAAGAAAUCAUCAUAAAAAUAGGCUACUAUUAAUAUAAUCUAUUAUUAGUAGUAGUAGUAUUAAUGCAUAAUAACAAUAACUUCAACCAUAAUUAAUAUAGUUGCUCUCUAGCAGUGUAUCCCCGCAUGAUCAGUACCUGGAAGGGAUGCUGAGAACUUCCCAACAUGAAGUUACCCAGCAUACCUUGCGGGUUCUUAUUUUGCACGUGUGUUUAUUUUGAUACCCCCAUAAUCCAUGUUUUAGUUGUGUUAUAUUCUGCACUGUGAGUUGAGUCGGCAUUUGGGUUGCAUCAUGGGAUGCAGGUGUCGCUGUGGUCGGUUUACAACAUGCAACUCUUUGAUUUAACCACACGGUGUCAUUGUUUUACAUUUUUAAAUGCAUUCUAUGUCAGAUUUUGCAGAGCUGAUCCAAUAAAAAAAACAUGGUGAAUA